CCGCGGACGGAUAGCCUAUAAAACGGAACAUGGCACCAGCUUUCUGCAUUGUUUAAUGCAGCGGCAGAGUAGUGAUAUCAUCUGUGUUGAGAAGUGACAGCGCUUUGCAGGGCUUUAAAUACUGUACAGUAGAUAUAUAGAUAUAUAGGCAGACUUAUAGUAGUUGAGCCUGAAACCAGAUCUAAUCGAAGCCGACAGUUACUUCCAGUGCUAACGUUAGCUGUCCUGUCAGACUCGACGACGAAGGAAACAACCUAGUGUUUUUGUUAUUUCACACGCAUGAAAUUUAUACUAACCGGGGAGACGUCUGUGUUUUUCCGAGAGAUCUUAUGGACCUGGACUUCUUGUCGAAGAAGACCGAUCAUAGGGACUAACGUGUUCAGAUGAACAACAGUUGUGUUGACAUUUGUGUUGCCUCCUUGAUGUUUUACGCUAACAUGGUGUAUUAGCUCCCUGAUGCUGGUUAGCGUCAUAGGUUGCCACAGCCUAUAUAGUUUAGUUUGGGUUUUAUUAUUCAGUAGCGGUCUAGGUGUCCUUACGUUUAUAUACUCGUUAGCAUGUUUUUAGACGCUUUUUACAUGACGCUAGGUAUAGCCAAGGGGCUGUAUCACUGUCAGGCUAACAGAUAGCUCGGUGUCUGCAAGAUUGGCAUCAUGUAGACUGUCGCUCUGAACGGGUUUGGUGACCAGGACACACAGUGUGUUAGUGAGCUUCCUUAGAGUGCAUUGAAAAGCUGGAGUGCAGCUAUCCUGCUAGGUGAAAGGGUGACAGCUGGCGCGGAUAUAGUUUAGCUCAGAUUGAGCUAGCCAUGCUCAAAGCCGUCUGUUGUGUGUGAUAUUACAAACAUCCCAGCCUGCUCGAAGGGCAUGUGAAUGCAUCAUGUCCUGGCUGCAUCUCUUAUUUAUGCAAUAACGCACAUCAGAGCAGCCUGUCAUGAAAUAAUUCCGCAGUGCGAGAAGCAGCAUCAUCAGGACUGAGUGGAUAUUUUGCUCCAGGAUUUUUUUAAAUAAUUUUUUUCCCUAAAGAGGACAGCGCCAUCCAAGGAUAACCAUCAGUGCCCAGUAUCAGCUGGACCAUCACGCCUUCACAAUGGAAACUGUGGGAGAUUUUGAGUACAGCAGAAAAGAUCUGGUUGGACACGGAGCGUUUGCCGUGGUGUUCAAAGGAAGACACAGGAAGAAAACUGACUGGGAGGUGGCCAUCAAGAGCAUUAACAAGAAGAACCUGUCCAAGUCCCAGAUCCUCCUUGGCAAGGAAAUCAAAAUCUUGAAGGAGCUGCAGCAUGAAAAUAUUGUGGCACUUUACGAUGUCCAGGAAACGCCCAACUUUGUUUUCCUGGUCAUGGAGUACUGUAAUGGAGGUGAUCUUGCUGACUAUCUGCAAGCCAAGGGGACAUUGAGAGAGGAUACACUGAGGGUUUUCCUGCAGCAGAUUGCUGCUGCCAUGCGCAUCCUGAACAGCAAAGGCAUCAUCCACCGCGAUCUGAAACCACAGAACAUCCUGCUGUCAUACGUGGGUCGCAAGAGGUCCAACAUCAGUGGCAUCCGCAUCAAAAUAGCUGACUUUGGCUUUGCGCGGUACCUCCAGAGCAACAUGAUGGCAGCUACACUGUGUGGGUCACCCAUGUACAUGGCCCCCGAAGUCAUCAUGUCCCAGAACUAUGAUGCCAAGGCCGAUCUGUGGAGCAUAGGGACUGUUAUCUACCAGUGUCUCGUUGGCAAGCCACCAUUCCAGGCCAACAGUCCUCAAGACUUGCGGAUGUUUUAUGAGAAGAACAAGAAUCUGCAACCCAUCAUCCCGAGGGAGACUUCCCCACAGCUAAGCGACCUUUUGCUUGGGCUGCUGCAGAGGAAUCAAAAAGACCGAAUGGACUUUGACACUUUUUUCAGCCAUCCUUUCUUGGAGUCAUCAUCCACCAUUAAAAAAUCGUGUCCAGUGCCUGUCCCCAGCACCUCCAAUGCUGUGACAGACAGCUCCUGUGGCAGCUCCCCAUGUAUCCGCUACAGCUCUCCUCCUUCGCUCCCAGACAUGCAGACUCUAGCAGAAGAUGGUCUGUCAUCCCCUCCACUUGGCCCGCCCAACUUCCUGCAGCUGUCCAAAGAGUCUGCAGGAAGCACCAGCAGCAAGAACUCUUCCUGUGACACUGACGACUUUGUCCUGGUACCUCACAUCUCUACUGACAGCUAUGACCAACCAAUGGGACCAAAUCGUCGGCCAUCCAGCGAGUUUCUCAUGUGUGGAGGGCAGCCACAGCCCAUCCCAGGACAGACACCUAUGGUGUCCCCACGGGCUGAGACCACCCCCAUCCCAGUUCCCACACAGGUCCGCAACUAUCAGCGCAUCAAGCAGAACCUGUCCAGCAGCCCGAACACCACGCUCUACAGCUCCCCCAGAUCUGGCACAGUGAGGAGAUCUAACACCAGUCCAAUGGGCUUUCCAAGGGUAGGCUCAGGAUCACCAAGCCCUGCAGACGUUCCUCAGACAGUGGGCCGCCGCCUCUCCACUGGCAGCUCCCGGCCCUACUCCCCCUCACCUCUUGUGGGCACCAUCCCUGAACAGCUGGGUCACUGCUGCUGUCACCUGCAGAACCAAGAGCCCCGCAGCCGCAGCUCCUCAGGAGGUUCCCCCAUCCCAUCCUCUCAGCUUCUGGGGGCUAGGCUUCAGAGCGCCCCCACUCUGACUGAAGUUUAUCAGACCAGGCAGAAGCUUCACAAGCAGCUGUCCGACCCUGUGCAGCCUUCCUCCUCCUGCAGUCACUCCCCACAGUUUGGCCGUCCUGCCACCCUCGGCUCGUCCCCCACCAAGCUGCUCGGCUCCUCCCCUCGCACGUCUGACUGGCUUCAAAAGUGCCCACUGCCCACAAUCAUUGGUUCCCCAACAAAGACCAUUUCAGCACCGUUCAAGAUCCCCAAAACACAAGCCUCCUGUAACUUGAUGGCACUAGCAGACAGCCCCCAGGCCACCAGGACGCUAGCUGAUGCUCGAGAUGUCUGUGGACACCACAGCAGCCCUUUCCUCGCCGGGCGGCCUGCUGCUCCUGAGGCCAGCAGAACAUUUGGCAGGUCUGUAAGUACAGGUCGUCUGUCUGACCAUCCAGUCAGAAUCCCUCUGGGUGGCCAGCCCUAUCAGGGCAGCAGUGACAGCCUGAAUACUGAGCGACCCAUGGACACAGCCCCUGCAGGGCCGACCGGGCUAGCACAGGGUGGGUCAGCGAGUCCUCGUACAGUCCUGUUCACUGUGGGUUCACCGCCCAAGAGCAGCACUCCUCCUACCUGCAGCCACCUGGGCACCCGAUCACGCACCACUUCAGUGGGCUCCAACAGUUCAGCUGGCUCUCUGUGCUCCAUCAGUGGUCGGGUCUAUGUUGGCUCUCCUCCAGGCAUGGCCAUAGGCUCCUCUCCUCCAGGAGGUUAUGGAGGUGGGCAUGUUGUUUGUGGGGCAGAGGGGGCACCCAGUAGCCUGCGUUAUGUCCCCUAUGGGACCUCUCCUCCCAGCCUGGAGGGAUUCAUCACCUUUGAAGCCCCAGAGCUUCCUGAGGAGACUCUAAUGGAGCGUGAGCAUACAGACACCCUGAUGCACCUACGGAUGAUGCUUUCAUUUACCGACUGCAUCCUGGAGAUGGCGGCGCUUCGAGCUGGAGGGACAGAGAUUGGUAUGUCAGCUGCCUCCCUCUACCCUCCCCAGGACAGUGUGGUUGUGGACCAGAUCAGCCAGUUGAGCAAAGAGUGGGGGCAGGUGGAGCAGCUGGUCCUCUACAUGAAGGCAGCUCAGCUCCUUGCUUCCUCCCUCCAUCUGGCCAAAGCUCAGAUUAAAUCUGCCAAGCUCAAUCCUUCCACGGCCGUCAAACAGGUGGUCAAGAGUCUCAAUGAGCGCUACAAAAGCUGCAUCUCCCUGUGCCGGCAGUUGACCGACAAACUCAACCACUUCUUCUCUGAUAAGCAGCGCUUUGUGGACGAGAUCAACAGCGUCACCGCAGAGAAGCUCGUCUACAAUCAUGCAGUGGAGAUGGUUCAGUCAGCAGCUCUAGAUGAAAUGUUCAAGCAAACAGAGGACAUAGCCUACCGCUAUAGCAAGGCCUCCAUGCUGCUGGAUGGCCUGUCCAAGAUCCUGCAAGACCCCACGGACAUCGAAAACGUGAUGAAAUACAAGGCCAGUGUGGAUCGCAGGAUCUCAGCUCUGUGUUACUGUACUGUCACACUGUAUGAGUAGAAGGCCUCAUGAAAUCACACGGAGGGACCACAUCCUAAGACUGUUGAUUAGUCUUCUCACAAAGGCCUCAUUCCCUUGUGUAGCAGUUGAAGCACCUUUCAUUUGCUAGGUUUCAUCUCUAUUUACCAUGACUUUGUUUUACCGGCUGCAUCACAGAAAAACUGCAUAAAUUUACAACCAAAGAUGACAGCAGACCCGGAAACAAAAGGCUGAAACUUGGUGUAGACGUUUAAACUUGCACUUUCAGGUGCACUUUUUUAAUGCCGUGAUGGGAGACCACCAUCAGAUGAAAAUAUCGUGGAAUUGUUUUUAACCGGAACAAAGAGGAUUCACGGGACUUCGAACGACUCGAGCUCCAUAAGAGACAGAUCAUCUUCCCAAUCCUGUCAGUGGUUAUUUACUCUUAAGUUGUUUUUGUUAUUUAUUGGUUCACAUGCACAUGGAUUCUCCCUGAAAACCUCAAGUAUUGGAGUGGAAGGAAUGAACAGAUCUAAUUCAAACUCUGGACUUUAACAUAAAAGUGUUACAGCAGGCAGACAGCUGUGGGGGGGGGGGGGGGGGGUCUCUAAUUUGUGAUUUGCUUUGUGUUUAUUUUUCUUGUUAUUUCAUGCACUUUAUUGUGGAUUGGGAGGAGGAGGAAGAUUUCUGAAGGCAGAAAUGUGAAGGCUGGGUUUUUUUUUUUUUUUUUUUUUUUUUUUAAAUCACUCCUGCUCCUGCCCUCCCUGCUGUGUGUGGAUGAUCAGCAGGUGUAUACAUUUCUCAUGAGGCAGUACAACCAGGGAAGUUGUGUAAAAGCCACAGUUCAGCUUUUUGAGCCUUGACUCCCAGUGAUUAUUUCUGAUUUUACUGAUUAUGUACUCAUCUGAGUACAGCUCAGUCUGCAGGAAUGGUUGUAUAGUGUCUUCUGUGACACAGAUGGGAGCUUUUCAGAGUCCAAGAUUCCCUGAUGAUGUCACCGGGAGUCAUCUUGAUUCUGGCAUGGGAAUUUCCCAUACAGAGUGCCUCAGUUCAUAAUUGUCUGCGGGGCAUGAUAAGUUAGGGGCCUGGGAGCCAGCCAGCCUUCCUACAGUUCAUACAGCUGUCUGUGUUCAAUCUCUCAUUUCCCCCCAACUUUAGGAAGUGUUACACUAACUCUUUGGAUUCCAGGUGCAUUGAUUGUCUUGCAUGUGAGAAAAUGAACACUGUUCAAACUAAUAUCUUAAUUCAGUUUCAGAGGCUGCAUAAAUAUGAAACACUUGUUGAUCAUGUCACUCAGUAAGGAGGGGUGGAGGCUAAACUGUGGUGACAGCAGAUAUUCAGAAGAAACCCAGAGGCUGUGUGAGUGGAAGCAGGUCAAUCUGUCACCCCCGCAGUGCUGAACAGUCAGGUGUCCACUUUAAACUGAUGGAGUGAAACCGAACAGUCAUAUUUACUUGACAAGUUACCUUAAUGUUUCCUUAUACUAACUACAGCUUUUUAUGUUCUGUCAGAAUCUGUAGCUCUUUUUUAAUGAAACAAAACUUGAUGUUUGCAGACUUGUAUAUAUUUGAAUGUGGAGCGUGUGAUGAUUCCCUUAGCCUCUUUUUUUAAAGAGGGGAGUGAGUGUGUGUGAGCUGGCAGUUUGAUGGGGUGUGGAUAUCUCCAUCAGACGCCCUGCUUAUCAAAGAGCACAAAUCUUUAUAUGUAGAUAGAUGAGUUUGUAUUCAGGUCUGCCAAGGGUUUGAUAAGGAAAUCCUACUUGGGCACAGCAGGAGUGUGCCAAAGACUACAAUAAAACUUGUGGCAGCUCCAAAUCUUUCCAGAGAACUCUUUUUACCAGGACUGAGAUCAUGUUUGUUCAGCGCUCCUGAGCGAGCAUGUCUCCAGAUUUCAUUUCCCCUCAUUUUGUGAACCUGGAUUUGUCACAAUCUACACUGCCCUGCCGUCCACUCAGUCCUCCUGACUCCCCCCCCUCGAGUUGUCACAGUCCAUGUACUGUAUGUAUGAGUGUAUAUAAACACACGUGCACUUGCCAGGUGUGCUUUAAGGCCAGUAGUAUCCAGUCAGCAUGGAAAAGGAGGUGCCUUCUUGUGAAAGCAGACACAGGCCUACUCCUCUGUACAGGUGUGAAUACCUUCUUUUUCUGUGUAAAAAUGUGCAUAAAGCUGGUCUCUGGACCGGUUUCUGAUGUACUGUUUUUGUUUUGUUUGUUUUUGUUUUUCUCUGUCUGGGUUUCAGUUUUCCCUCAUCCUGGUCAUGGGCACUCUGAACCACAUAAAGCCUUUUUCUGCAUAAAGAGUGAAGAGGGAUAAAUUGAACUGAUAGAAACCCACCAGAAACUUUGCUCUGUACCAUUUUGAACUAUAUACUCCUGAGACCUUAUGUCCUCUGUAGUGGUAACAAAAAGAUUAAAUUGAAAGAUACUUUUUUUUUUUCCCUUCUGUUCUCAGGAGGAUAAGUGAAGAUGAGCUAUUUUUAGGUAAAGCAUGGGUACCAAGUCUGCAUUGUAUCCUGUAGAACCCCUAGAAUGCUGAAUGUACGUACCCUGUCCUUUUGCACCUCUCCAGCUUGAUCUGAAUGCAUUUUGAAGGACCCCCACCAUCAGACCACGAUGAUGCAACUCCAGUUUUCACGUUUAAUGUUAUACUCGUCUCUCACCCGGGGUGUGUCUCUAUUCUUAUGGAACCGCGAUGCAGUCUUUAUUAAAAAGAGGAAAAACAGAA